AAACUGAUAAUGCUUAGCAGGACUGUAAUAAGCGCAGAAGUUCAGAGUUACACGCGCUGAGGUCACGUGACCAUAGUGCGAGCACUAUAGGGCCGAAGUCAUGGCAACCAGUUUUGACGAUUAAUUUUUGCAUCUUUCAGACGAUGUGCUAAUGUUGUCUAUUUUUAGGGUAUAGCUCGUCUGCGAACAGCCAGCUCGAGUAGCAAGCAGCUCGCGCAGCCCUCGUGCUAGAGCAGACGAUAGAUAGGCCUGUCGGACUGGCAGACGGUACGCCACGGACUGUGUGUCAGAGGAAUGCGACAGACGGUCAUCGGUCGGGCUGGACACACGGACGUACUGGUCGAGAGUCGGUGGGCAGUCGAGACGGAGGGUUAAAGGUGGUGCCAGGGUACUGGGGUUUGAGAGAGGAAGAGUCGCCCCCCUGGAAGAGUAGUCUCCUGGCCACAGAACCUCAGAUGCAGACAUUUGAGCUUGAGAUGGAAGAAGACCAGCCGCUCGAUCUCAGCAUGAAGCCACGCGAGCUUGUGGAGUCUCCCUCCCAUGGGCAGGUGCUCUCUGGGGAGAAACAUCACGGACAGGACUCUCCACUGUGCCUCAUCAAAGACUGUGGAUGUAACAACCAUGGUACCCGACAACGAUCGGGUGGCGGGAACUCGGUGUAUAAUGGCGGGAAAUAUGGCCCCCCUCCAUCAAAUGGAGAUCGCCCUAUGUUUUCUGAUUCACAAAGUGAAAUGACUUUAAAGUCGAGAUUUAAUGAUAGAAACAGUACGUAUGAAAGCCAACACAUGUGCUAUGAUCGCGUUGUUGUGCCAAAGCAUGACUUGUGUAGGCAGAAUGAAGUGGAAGGGGCCUUCCACUAUAAUCGGGUCACUAACGACGAAGAACGGAUGGACAUUAACGCCGAACACGUCCCGUUUGAAGGUAUUACUCCAGUUGCUCAAAGCAAAUUCAAACCUGUGUUUCAGACUUGUGCCAGAACCCAUAUCGAUCACCCCAGUGUUAACUACAGUCUUUCGUCAAAGUAUUAUGAAAGUCGCGAGCACUGUGCACAGUCGUUCCUUGAUCUCAGCAACUUUGGAACAACGCGGGGUAACUUGUGGAAACCUUGUGGAAACAUCGAAGAAGGGUGCAGACCUAUACGACGACCUUGGCAUGGCGACAUGAACACAUCUUCUCCUUGGGGACGAUCCUGUAGAGAUUGGAACGGCAGGGACGUGGCAGAGGGACCCAGGAUACAUUGGAGACCCUUCGUAGACACACCAACCUCCCACGGCCAUCCUUCGUCUCCAACCACGGCGCACCAGCCAUCCGUCGACACACUCAAAUCCACAAGUACUGGGAGUGUGGUUCCUCAACCAACCACAGCAGGUUCGCUCUCAGGAGCCAGCAAAUCCACCCAGCCUAAUUCAGGAAGGACGGCGCAGAUAUCCACUGGCGCCUCUUGUUUGCAAACAACAAGGACUGUAGGGCACUCCUUCGCCUCAACUGUUCCACUCAUCUCUAAGUCUUCAGUCCCACCCAGAUCGAACUCUCACUCUUCUUCUCUCUCGGCUAUCUCGAGGAGCUCUGGUUCGCCGAUAUUGGUCCCUAGAGCCCCGUACACGUCUAUUCGUGUGACGCGGAGCCCCAAAACAUUCCACAACGAAUCGGUUCGGACAAUACAAGAUCCGGAUCUGAGAGAAGCUUCGCUCAGGCGGUCGCAUGAUGGCAGCAAACGACAUUUGUCUGGAAAACAGGAAUUGCAGGAAAAGGAAAACAUCGAUUUGACGGACAGUGGAACAGCAACUUCCGGUGUGGCCACAUCCGGGGGCUUGAAGAUGCCCGCCCUGGACUAUUUGAUCUCAAAGGUUCUGGUAGAGCGGAUUGAUAUUCCUUUUAAGCCGUGUAACACGGAGAUAAAGAAGAUCUAUAAUGGCGAGAGUAAAGGAAGACUACGCCUUGUCGAUCUCAUAGAGCUUCAGGUUGAGGAGAGUCUUAAAGCUUAAUGACGUUGUUGUGUAGGGACUGUGUUAUUUGUUUUCUUUUCGUCUUUUGACCAAUGGAGCAGGUUUUUGAGCAGUAUUGAUGUGUAACUCGGUGAUGGCUGAUGAGACUCAACCAGGGUGUACUUCUGUAUGUGUCUUGCGAUGUAUGAUUGUACAUCCGUGAUGUGACCGACUUGUAUAAUGGCAAAUGACGUUCUGUAACACUUAUAACAAGGAAUUGUUGCCUGUGAUAGCGACAUGUUUCACUGCCCGAAAGGUUCAAAUCCUUCCAUUUGGGAUCAUAUCUCAUGAUUAUUUGCGUUCGCGCCGUUCACCUUUUGAAGGGAGUUUAGGAUUUCUCAAUUUUUGAUAUAUGUAUCUUGCCAUUGAGUGCUUCUUAUUAAGGUGACUGUUAUACACAGAGAAAUAUGUCGUAUUUAUUAAUGUAACUUAUUAUUUUGUUUCAGUUUAGAUUGAACGACAGAUGUGUGUGUCGUCUGGUUGCUAUAAGAACUACUCCUGUGACGUCACUAUGACGUCACGGCGAUAGACUCGGUGGCGAUUGGUUAGUCUCCCGUGUCUUUCAUCUAUGUACCCAGAUCUAUUAACAAGAUUGAACAUGUGAUCUGCGAGUCCACCACUCAGUGAGAUUUGUGUCGUCAGCAGUGCAAUGAAGCAUGGAGUGCAAUAUUUUCAUCAAAUCUCACUUUUCUAUCAAGGUAACUACCGGAGUAUUUUAAGGAAACCAAUCUGUUUGGUGUUCAUGUUUUCAAUGGCUAUGCUAUUAAAUGAAAAUAAAAGUAUUACGUACACAAA